AUGGCAGCCGCAACUGGCAACUGGUCAGGUGUGGAGUCCACUGAGGGCUGGGCGCAAUUCGCCCAAUGCAAAAAUGAAAGAUGCGACAGACAAGCACACGCUCUGGGCGACACUAGGCACUACGGAUUGUUCGCCGAAGAGUUCACAUCUGGAAAGAAAAAAACAGGCAAACCCAUUGCCGCCAUGGAUGCGGCUCGCAAACGACAAAAGGUGGCGUCGGCAUGUGAGCGCUGUCGGAAGCGCAAGCUCGGGUGUGACCGCGAGCGACCAUGCCAGGCCUGCGUGCGAGCCGGGGUAGACUGCGUUCCGAGGGACCCAGGUGCUCCCGAUCGAGCUCCGUCAACGUCCAAACGGCCAGCGACGGACACGGAGGACGCGCCGCGGAGCCCUAAUCGGGGCAAUAUCGCCAGCUCCAGCUCGCAAACUUCUGGUGGCGAUUUGGUGCUACCAGAGUCUAGCAUCGUUGAUUUAACCGCCUUGGUGCUGUCAAAAAUGAGCCUCAAUUCUCCGCUAAACCAGGAUACAUCUGCCUUGCCAGGAGGAAACAAGCUCCUCAACUGGGAAUCCCUGGGCCGUCGACACUGGCGGCAAAUUGUCGGCCUGCAGCUCCCCGACGACGCUACCCUAGGCCAAUUUGUUGACAAGUUUUUUGUCUCGGUUGACUGGUUCAUGAUGUUGUUCGAGGAGACCUUAUUUCGCGAGAGAUAUUCACAGCUUCUCGAGUCCAGUCACGUCGUAUACUACGAGGAAAAUUUCCUAUGGCUCACCAUGCUCGUAAUUGCCCUCGGCGCUCAUUAUACGUCUCUUUGUCAAGCUCCGGGACAGUCUCGAACAGAGAUGAAGAAGCUGUCCACCGACAUAAUGGGCCAAAUAGAGGCCAAGUUUCUCCAGUUUAUGGGAUGCGCAACGCUAGAGGCGGUCCAAAUCUCAGUCUUACUUGGAAGCUUUCUGCUUUUCAAUGGGCGACCCAACGUCGGCCUGGCAAUAUCGGCCGCUGGCGUCAAAAUCGCACAGGUCAUCAAUCUUCAUCGCGAAAGCCUUUGGCCAGAUUGCCCCGCGGUUGAGCGGGAGGCGAGACGGCGAACGUGGUGGACUCUAGAAGUCUUUGACAAAUAUUUCGCAAUCGCCUUUGGGCGACCCUGUAUUGUGGACGAUUCAGACUGCAGCGUAGGCAUGAUAACGCAGGUCAGGGCUGGUACUGAUGGUAAUAACGAUAUCGACAUAAAUUUGCAGUUUCACCAGCGCAAGUUCCGUUUAUAUCGAAUUAUGGGACAAUUUCUAGGCCGCCGCCGACAAGUGAACCGAACGGCGACCGUUCAAUCCAUCCAUGAAGAAUUGGCCCAAUGGAGAAACCACCUACCAACCCAGCUGCGCAUUGAGUCGUACCAGGAUAUCCAAGCCGGCCAGGAGAUCUCAAGGCCACAAAUGCAGGCCAUUGCGUUGCAACUGACAUUUGACAACCUACUAAUUGUUCUACACCGCAGCGUUGCCCUUGGCCAGGGCAGCAAGAUACGAACCACCCCGGAAGGGCUGUCCUCGCUCCAGCACCUGAUUGCAGCGGCGCUGAGAACAUCGAACUUACAUCGUUUCCCAAAUUCUCUGCACGCGCUGCGACGUACGCAUGCUAAUAUGCAUGUUGGCAUCACGCUCUUUACCGCAGGCAUCGUUCUCUGCAUUGUGUGCCUGUCGCAGCCUUUAUCCAGCACCAGCCAAGAGGCCAAGAGUGGUGUAAUGCACAUCAUCCGAGCCUGCAAGGAUUCUGCGAAUCCACACAAUGUCGGUUCCAGACAGAGCAUCGCUGUCCUUGAACGUCUUGUUGCUGUGGUGCUACAGCAUGAGAACCAGCUCAUCACUGGGAGCGCAGGAGCUAGUUUUGCUAUGGGAAGCACCGACACCUAUGAUGUGCCUUUGUCAAGUCAAAGCACUGCCGCCGCUGGCCGUGCACCAAUUGAUCUCUCCCAUGUCAGCCAACCAGAAACUCAUUCGUCUCAAAGUGAACUCAAUCCCGGUAUCACAACUACGGCGUCCGCCCUCGAACCGACUGCGAGCGCCACCCUAGAUGGAAUGAACUGGGAUGGCAGUCUUUCUGCAUUGAUGGAUUCUGGCCUGGCUGAUGCAAGUCAAAUGUGGCUAUGGGCACAGGAUGAGGACGAAUUCCCAUAUCCUCAAUGA